GCCAAAUCCCUCGCGACGCAGAAGCAGGCCGAGGGCGGCGCGCCCGCUCGGCUCUCGCGCAGGUGGGGCGGGGCCUGCGCCCGAGCGGCAUCAUGGCGGAGGCGGAAGGGGAGAGCUUGGAGUCGUGGCUGAAUAAAGCCACUAACCCGUCUAACAGGCAAGAAGACUGGGAAUACAUCAUUGGAUUCUGUGACCAGAUCAACAAAGAGCUUGAAGGGCCGCAGAUAGCUGUGAGACUUCUGGCUCAUAAGAUCCAGUCGCCACAGGAAUGGGAGGCAGUCCAAGCCUUGACAGUGCUGGAAGCUUGUAUGAAGAAUUGUGGGAGAAGAUUUCAUAAUGAAGUAGGAAAGUUUCGCUUUUUGAAUGAAUUAAUAAAAGUUGUGUCUCCAAAGUACCUAGGAGAUCGAGUCUCAGAGAAAGUGAAGACCAAAGUCAUUGAACUGCUGUAUAGCUGGACAGUGGCGUUGCCAGAAGAAUACAAAAUCAAAGAUGCCUACUACAUGCUGAAGCGACAGGGGAUUGUAAUGUUUGAUCCUGUGAUUCCUGUGGACAAAAUCCUGAUUCCUUCUCCACCACCUCGUCCCAAAAACCCUGUGUUUGAUGAUGAGGAGAAAUCCAAGCUUCUAGCCAAACUACUGAAAAGCAAAAACCCAGACGAUUUGCAAGAGGCCAACAAGCUUAUUAAAUCCAUGGUAAAAGAGGAUGAGGCUCGGAUUCAAAAAGUGACAAAGCGUAUGCAUACACUGGAGGAAGUAAAUAACAAUGUGAAACUGCUGAACGAGAUGUUGGUUCACUAUAGCAAAGAGGACUCAUCAGAGGCUGAUAGAGAGCUCAUGAAGGAGCUCUGUGAAAGGUGUGAAACCAAAAGACGGACAUUAUUCAAACUAGCCAGUGAGACAGAGGAUAAUGACAGCAGCUUGGGAGAUAUUCUGCAGGCCAGUGACAACUUAUCCCGUGUGAUAAAUUCCUAUAAAAAAACAAUAGAGGGGCAAGUGAUCAAUGGUGAAGUGGAUCUCCGAGUGAUGUCAGGAAUGGAAGGGAGUAACUCCACAAGUAACCUCAACACCCUCGUUGACCUUGCUGGACUGGACGUCACCAGCACUCAGCCACCUCCAGUGCCACCCACCACCCUGGCACCAGCCCCCACAGCAGCCCCAGUCCCAGCAGAAAUCCCCAUUCUCCCACCUCCUCCACAGACACUUUCACAAUUGCGGAGCAGUUCCUUGAGCCAAGUGGAAGCCCCACCCACUCAGCAGAGCAGCACAGCUAAUUCUCUUUCCUUGCUGGAUGAGGAGCUUCUGUGUUUAGGCUUGAAUGACCCAGCCCCUGCAGCAGGGAAGGAGACAUCAGAAAACAACCAGUGGAGCAUGUUCGAGAAUGAGCAGCUGGACCUGGAUUUCUUUAAUCCAAAGACGGUGACUGUUGCUUGCAACCCUGCAGGGAACCCUCUUCUCCAUCACACAUCACAGACCACAUGUGGAACAUCGGUGACACUGCCCUCUGCUUUCCCAGCCUCUCAGACUGCUCCCAGCGUGCCUGCACGAAACUCCAUGCCAUUUGUGUUCUCUGCUGGGCUGGCUGCCCCUGUGAGGCCUUCCAAGACUAUUCCAGCUGCUCCUGGGUACUUAAGCUCAUCUGUGGAGAGCAGUGUGUCACGUAAGAUGGAUGCAUUGGGACAACUCCUUGAAGAAGCCAAAGGGACUGCCACCCAAGGCAUGGCAACACCGUCAGUGUUACCUGGGGUUACUUUGCCAGCCCCUGUCACAUCUUCUCCAUUAAUGGCACCUGCAGGGCUGCCAGUCACUGCCCCAGGAAUACCCCCAAUUCCUUUCCCAAACAGCUGCACUGCUGUCUCAGGGAGCUCUCUCUUCUAUCCAGAAUCAUUCCAGCAGCAAGGCAGUCCUAUGAAAGCACCUGAAAUUUCUUUGGCCAACGUCCACGUUCCCUUGGAAUCCAUUAAACCUAGCAGUGCCCUCCCAGUGACAGCCUAUGACAAGAAUGGCUUCCGCAUCCUCUUGCACUUUGCCAAGGAGUGCCCGCCAGGAAGGUCGGACGUGCUGGUUGUGGUUGUCUCAAUGCUGAACACAGCACCCCUUCCUGUGAAGAACAUCGUGCUGCAGGCUGCUGUACCAAAGUCCAUGAAAGUGAAGUUGCAGCCACCCUCUGGCACAGAGCUGUCUCCAUUCAAUCCUAUCCAGCCGCCUGCUGCCAUCACCCAAAUCAUGCUUUUGGCAAAUCCUACAAAGGAGAAAAUGAGGCUGAGGUACAGACUGACCUUCAUGCUGGGAGACCAGCUUGCCACAGAGGUUGGUGAAGUGGAUCAGUUUCCCCCGGUAGAGCUGUGGGGGAAUCUAUGACCUUGGGCCUCUGCCAGAGACUCUGUGAUAGGACCAGGAAAGGAUCCCACAGGACUGAAAUGAAUGUGACAUGGGGAGGGACGCACAUGCUAACCACUGGUGAUGUUCAGCUCUGUUUACAUGUCCUGACCACUCUGCUUGUAGCUUUAGUCCAGAAUGUUUUAUCCCAUGUUGAAGGGGCCCUGGGACAUCUAUGCCAAGUAUGAACUGAAUGGCAGCUGGUAACAUGUGCUGGCUGCUUUUCUAUUGGCCUGCGGGUGAAUCUGGUUCUAUUUUCCACUCCAUUAAACUUGAAGUUAUUGUAUUUUGAGGGGAGACCUGGAAGCAGAAGGAGAUUUAAGUUACCGUGUUCCUGUACUUCUGUCCAGAAAUACCUGCAGGCUGGUAAUGACACUAACCCAAGCUUCCUCAGUGCUGCUCUUACACGUGUCCCUCCUUGGACUUUUACCUCCUCAGUGCCAGACUGGACCUGCUAAGCAUGUUAAGCAAUAAUGCUGGCUCCAUGAGGGAAUGCUUUUUUUUUUUUUUUUUUUUUUUUUUUACACACUGAAAUGGCACUUACUUACCUCCCUUAGCUGCCUCCCUCUGCUUCAUUCCCAGUGGUCAGUGUAAGCAGACCCUAGCUCUGUAUUGAGUGACACUGCGGUAUCUUUAGUUAAUAUAUUUAUUUUAUACUGUUAGCUGCCUCCCUGUUGUAUCCAUUUGGGGCAGCUGGGUCUGUUCUGAAUGCAAAUGGCUAAACUGGUUACUUUUCUGCCUUCAUCACAUUCUGUAGUGUGGGGAAAAAAGAAGUGGGGUGAGGAGGUAAAACUAACCAGUGGAGCGGGAAAGUUGUUUUAAUUGUUGGUGGAGGACAGCACCUACCAGGCGAAGUGUCUUUACAGCUGCUAAUGCAGGGCCAGGGGCAGUGUGCCUCUCAGGUCCCCUCCUGCAGGCAGUGUUAUUAUGUAGUUCAGUACUGAGAUGAGUACAGCGAAAUACAAGGUGUGAAUAGUAGAGCUAUAGGAUGGCUGAACAGAAACAAGCAGGGAAAGGAAAGAAGGCUCUGCAGGGCUGUGGCGAGGCAUGUGCCCUGUUUUAAUAGUUCUCUGUAUUAAGUGGCUAAGUGCAAUCGUCUCCAGAAGAGGGAGAGUAGUUUUACUGGACAUCAGUAUUCUGUGCUAGCCAGGGGCCGAGGAAUUGACCCCUCUGGGCAGUCACACAGAAACUAGGUUUAAAUGACAGGAAGUUGAUUACAGAAGUCCCUUCCUUCUCUCAAUGUACAAUCUCAAGCAGUGCCUCAGAUACCUUUGAGACACUGUUUUAAUGUUUGGUUUUUUUAACAUUUUUUGACAAAAGCACAAGUAGGAUGGAUCCUUGGACAAUGUACUGCUGGAAUUAAUACAGGCUGUAAAAAAAAACAUUACUGAAAUACAACUUGGAGUUAGUUAUGUCAUCUUUACUGUGAUGAGGAAUUAAAAAUUACUAGAGGUGGAAAAACGCCGUGGAGUUGAAGUCCUGACGCUCGAAUUAGAGGCAUCAGGCACUUGUGGAAACCCUGAGGGGGAGAAAUCAAAGCUCUGGCCAAGGACCUUGCUCUACACUCCUGGUCUGAAGCUCAUGAGGACCGCAGCCUUGUCAGAUCCCUGCCGUAGAAAGCAAAAAGGGGUUGCAUCUUUUAGAUUCCUACAGAAAGCAGCAAUUUUAAACUGAUGGACUAGGGCAGAGAACAAGGAAAGAAUUCUUUCUGCCUCAGAAAUGUUCUUGCCGCUUUAGGCACGGUAGGAAUACUGAUAGUAUUUAGGUCUCUUAAGUCUGCCCAGGUGCUGUAAGCAUACCCUGAGGAAGCAGAUUGCACUGCUUUAGAUGCCUGCAAGUGAAGCUCACUGUGACUUUGAGAAGUCAGAAGAGCACAAGCGCUUUCUGCAGAAUGGCGUUGUUCUCACUGUUACUGGCCUUGCGCUGCCUGUGCUGUACAGCCAAAGGGAAAGAUGCCAUAGUCUUGCUGUGUGGAAAUGCAUUGCUAUUAGCUUUGGAAAUUAAGCUAUGAAUGAGUGUUCCUUGUCUGUAGGUUGAGGUUCCUGUUUCAUACCAAACAGCCCUUACUGUAAAUACAUCUCAAAUGCAUUUGCUUUGCUGCAUGUUAAAUAAAUUGGUUUCCCUGCUUCGCGCUUGGGAUAGCCCUUACUGCUGGUUGAUUGUGGAGUAUUAUGCUGGUUCUGGAAACACUGAGGCUCAAUCCAUCUUCUGAAGCUCAUCCAAACUAGAAAACAGCAACUUCUCCCUUUUUGGUUAAAAUGCCAGUGCGUUAAAAGAUGGGUUUAAUUUUGGUUCCAGGUAAUUAGUGGCAUAGCAACUGAAAACACAGAGGUAAGGAGGCUUACAGUAGAAGGGGAGGAUGGCCAGACCAACUUGGCUCAGGCAACCUUAAAAAGUUCAUGUACAAUUUUUGAAAUUCUUUUUUUUGAAAGACAAGACCAAAUCACCAAACAAUAUGCAAAACAGGACUUUUAUUCUUAGAAAAACAGUCAGGUUUAUGUACAAUAAACCACGGAGAGUAAAAUCACACAUUACUCUCUUCAAGAUCCUUGCAAUGUGCCUUCUUUCACAAUGACUCGUGCAAGAUUUCGCGCAAGAGCAAGUCUCAGCAUUUCCACUUUCAUGGUCUCAACAUCGUCAUCCUGAAAGCAGAGGUGGGAUUAGAUCAGUGGCUGCAAUAAUGAGCUGGUGACAAGUUCUUGUUCUGGGGUUUGGAAGAUAAAUAGGCAGGUGCUUAUGAAUGAGAAUAUGUUUAGCUGUCAUUGGGAUCUCCACACAAUGGAUAAAAGCUGCAUUUCUUAAUUUGUAAAUUGACCAAAGACAGAAUUUGCCAGAAAGAGAAAAGGUUGGGUGAGUUUUACACUUAAUAGCCUGAGCUGUUAGAUGGCAGCAUCUCAGCUUUUCCUUGUCCAUGUAAUUCCUAAUUAUUUAUCUUGGAAGAACAUUACUGUCCAAUCCAAAUCAACGUAACACUUAGGAAUGGAAGUACUGCACUAUUUUUGUGUUUGCUUAAAUAUCUUCUGCUGAUGCCUCAGUUUGCUGGCCUUUAACAAAGUACUAGCCUCAGGAACUCAAGCUCUCCCUCGUUUCUGUCCACAUCUAUGAACACAAGUUUGGCGCUUGCCUUGACUGUCCCACAACCCUGCUGAUUCAUUAUCUAGUUGUCCUCAGAAGAGGAGGUACCUGGAACUUCUGCUUAUCCAACCUCCCUGCUGUCAGAUCUUCCAGGCAUCGCAUCAAUUCGUAAGUCUGCUCUGCUGAAAAUAUGACCUGUGGAAAUGAAAGUAUUUACUGAAAACAAUCAUGCUGAAGGACAUCAUACAGUCAGAAUAUAACUCAAUUGAGAUGAAGGAGAAUGCAUUCAUAACUCCCACAGAUUGAUGCUGACCCUUUCAUUCACAGGACAAUUCAGGGUGGAAGGGAUCAGUAUUCAAGCCUGUAAUGGAAAUGCUAAGUCAGGCCUGAAGCAGUGAUGGAGCACACAGUUGGAAGGCAGGGCCAGCCCAGGGGAGUUCAGGUGCAUGCAAUGAACCUAAGUGAUCAGAGGGGUGGAGCCAGGAUCCACCCUUGCCCAGACCUCAUUUAAGGGCUGGCAGUGGAGGCAAGGCUAUCUUGCUGGAGAUCCCUGCAUUCCUGAGGCAUUCCCAAGGUGGGCAGUUUCUUUCCUUCAUUUCUGUAUUCACAGCUGCUGUAUUUGGGUUUGUCCUCAUUUCUUGUAGCCUGGGACCUUGCUUCUCUGCUAUCAUUGCUGUGCUUUCCUUUACAUUACAGGGCCCAUCCUGUUAAUAUCUUUAUUGAUUGUCUAGAUGAGGGAAUUGAGUGCACUUUCAGAAAGUCUGCAGCUGACACUAAGCCAGGAGGAAGCACCAAUCUGCCUGAGGGUAGGAAGGUCCUACAGCAGGACCUGGACAGGCUGGAUCUCUGGGUUGAGGCCAGUGGGAUGAAGGUUCAACAAGACCACGUGCUGAGUCCUGCACUUUGGCCUCAACACCAGGCAAUGAUAACAGGCUCGUGGCAGAGUUGAUGGAAGGUGGUGCAGAGGAAAAGGACCUGGGAGUAUUGGUCAAUGCUCAGCUGAACGUGAGAAGCAGCAGAGAACAGGCAUGGUUCCGUUUGGAAGAGGCUCAGUGGAGACCUUAUCGCUCUCUACAACUACUUGAAAGGGGGUUGUGGCAAGGUGGGGAUCAGCCUCUACCCCCACCUAACAGUGACAAGACAAGAGGGAAUGGCCUCAAGAUGCACCAGAGGUGGUUCAGGCUGCAUAUUAGUAAAAACUUUUCCAGCAGAGUGGUCAAGCACUGGAAUGGUCUGACAGGGAAGGUGGCAGAAUCACCAUCCCUGGAGGCAUUCAACAUCUGUGGUACUAAGAAACAUAGUUUAGUGGGCAACAUUGGUGGUAGCUGGACAGCUAGAUUUGAUUACCUUAGAGUCAUUAAGGUUGGAAAAUACCUCUAAAUGACUCUAGAAGGUCUGUAACCUCUUAUGCAAAGCAGGAUGAGCAAAGAGGUCAGAGUGCAUGCCUCUGUGCUUUAUCAUGCCAUGGGUCUCUAGUAAAUGAACUUGCAUUUUCUUGAUGAAUCUUAAAGCAAAAACAUGGCUGAGCAGAAGAAAGCACACUAAAAUAAAGUGCAAGAAGGAACUGGACGCCUUGUGUACUUAAACCAUGAGCAUACCUUUAUCCUACUGCUGCUUUCUAAAAGUAGUGAUUAUCCUAGUCUAAGUUAUUUGUUGUCUCCCUGCCUUCAGUAAGACACUGGGAGUACUAUGCUAUUCUUGAACAGCUAUGAACAGUCGUAGCCCGGGGACAUUAAGCGUGGGCAGUCACUGCUUUGAGAUAACUUCUCAGGAAGAAAAGAAAGGAUGUGGGGUGUCUUUAUCAUGUAUGACCAGCAUCCUCACCUCUUUCUGCUCCAGUAGGGGAAGGGCAUCUGUAAGCAGGGUCAUCCAGAAGGAGGAAGGUGCAAUAUGAGCAGUCAUCAGCAUCAGAAGCAGCCUCGCAGCUUCAGAGAACCGCUUCUCCCCAUACAGACGGUGGAAUUCACGGUACUUCCC